GAACGUUUAGAAACGGAAAUAGAUUGUGGAUAAGCCUCUGUUUCUCCUCGACCUCAAACACCAUGAUUUCUCUCACCGUGAAUGCUCCAAUGCCGCCGUUACUCUCUUCCGAAUUCCUCCCAUCUCCACUGGCGCCCACCAUCUUCCACAAACCCACUCUCUCGCCUAGAACAAUCACCGCUCUCAUUAUCCCGCCCUCCUCUGGCCAAAAACUGCCGGAGCAAAAACAGCUCUACCAACCUUUCCGGCCACCUCCUUCUCCAAUACCUUCCAAGUACCGAUCUCUUGAUACAAACUCCCGCCUCGAAAUCCUCACAAACCGCCUGGGGCUAUGGUUCGAAUAUGCUCCUCUGAUUCCUUCACUGAUCCAGGAAGGCUUCCCGCCUUCCACAAUCGAAGAAAUCACCGGAAUUUCCGGAAUCGAGCAGAACUGCCUCGUCGUAGCUUCGCAGGUGCGUGAGUCUCUCCUGAAUUCCAAAAUUGACGCGGCUACGCUGUCGUUUUUUGACUCCGGCGGCGCCGAGUUGCUUUACGAGAUUCGCAUCCUCAGCGCCGCCCAGCGUGCAGCGGCGGCGGAUUUCAUUGUGAAGAACCGUUCCGACGCGAAGCAAUCGCAGAAUUUAGCGAGAGCGAUGAAAGAUUUCCCGUUGAGGCGCGUUGACCGCGGGUGGGCGAUGUUCGACGCGGAGUCUCCGGGAGAUUGCCUUGCUUUCAGUUACUUCAGACAGGCGAUAGAGUACGAAGCGGCUUCGCAGGAGGAGCUCAGGCGGCAAUCUCUGCAGAAGGCAAUGGAGUUUGUGCUGUCUGAUUCAGCAAGAGCUUUACUGGCGGAGGAGGAUGAGGAGGGGAAUGUGGGAGGGAACGAAAGAGUUGUGAAGGAGGAGGAGGUGAAAGUGCCGUUGGUGAGAAUGCAAUUGGGGGAGGUGGCAGAAUCGACAGAGGUGGUAAUCUUACCAGUGUGCCAGGCGGAAGAGGAGGCGGAGGUUGAGGAGGCACCGUGGAAUUGCGGAGGAGUUGGGGGUUUCGGAAUAGUGGAGGCCGAGAAAGAGUGGAAGAGAUGGGUGGUUCUACCGGGAUGGAAGCCGAUAGCAGGACUAGAGAGAGGCGGAGUUGCGGUGAGAUUUAAGGAUGGGCGGAUUUUGCCAUGGAAAGAGAGCAAGGAGGAGCCAAUUCUGGUGGUGGCUGAUCGGCGGAGGAAAGAGGUGGUUGGAAACAGCAGCUUAUACUUGGUCGUUGGAGGUGGAGAUGGGUGUUCAAAAGCGGGUUUGAUGGUGGAGAGCGGAGGGAAAUUGAAGGAAAAUGGGGUUACUGAAAGUUUGGGUGUGGUAGUUUUGGUGGUAAGACCUCCCGGGGAGGAUUAGGAGGAUAUAGCUUUUCACGUGUAUUGUUGCUAAAUACUGAGUUUUUUUUCGAAUUGAUGUUAAUUAAUUAA